AUGGUUCCUCGGCAGACAAUGUCAAAGAGAUGCACUGUUUGUUGGAAGUGCGGUCGUUUCACCGUUAAGGUCUGUCACUACAAAGAUAUGGAUGCUAAAUCCGUCUAUCCAAGUCCUAUGAGGGUGAUGAGGAAGGGGAUCAAGCGCUUACAGGCCAAACUGUUAACCACUGCAAAACUGUUAACCAGACCUACGAAUGCUGAGCAGGUAUCGGGAACUUCCCUUGGAAAUGUACCGUCAUGGCCCAUCCAAAUCAUUUACCGGAGGGAAGGACCUAAGACCAUGUAG